CGGAAAUGCAGCAUAGAUAAUCGCUGUUAGCAAGCAUGGUUUCUAUAGUUGAAAACUGGGUUGGUCUAUAUGACGCCGCCAUCCGCACCCUACCCAUGCUGUCCAUAUAUGCAUAUACACGCGUCGGUGACGAUCCAACACCACCACCAGGCCACCCGCCGCCAGGUCCUCAGAAGUUGGUCUCGAUCAGCCGCGCCACCAGGUCGCUGUCCUCGGGGAGCUCGGGAUAAUCCAGGUUGACCACCCCGAGCCUCCUGGUCCCCCCCCUGCCGGCGCCCUCGUCCAGGCCGCGCAGGUAGUCCCUCGUCCGGACGUUGACGCCCUCGAUCCACCGGCCAAAGAAGUGCAAGUUGCUGUGGGCCCCGACGGCGAUCCACUUGGCCUCGGCGACCUCGCCGUGCUCGACGGGCUGGCCGACCGCGGAGCAGAAGUUGAUGAACCACGUCUUUUCGGGGGGCUGCUCCUCCCCGCCUCCCGACGACGACGACGACCCCGGGGUGCCGCCGCCGCCGUCGUCCGCCCGCGUCCCCGCCGCGAUCUCCAUCAUCCGCCGCACGUGGCCCAUCUUGGACGCCACCAGCUCCUCGAGCCCGCUGCGCUGCGAGUAGCGCCACUUGUCCUGCAGCCGCACCCUCACGCCGCUGGGCGUCACGAUGGUGAAGUCCGGGCUGUCCUGCUCCCACUCCUCCAGGUCGAGCCCGAUCCUCUGCGCGGGCGGGACGUCCGCGUCGCCGUAGUACCGCCGCAGGAGCACGGCCCUGCCGCGGACGUCGCCCAGCCUCGCCGUGGUGGGCGCCGUGUACCACCUGCUGCCGGAGCCGUCCUCGUAGGCGGGCGUGCUGUCGAUCGCCGCCCUGACGGCGUCGUAGAAGGGCUUCGGGUUGGCCUUCUGGCCCUUGGACCUGUCGUCGUUGUUGAUGGAUAUCAGGACCGUCUCGGUUGCUUUUUUUCCCGGCCUCGGCCCGAUGAACGCCCACACCUCGUCCAUGACGCUCUCGAACGAGAGGCCCCUGGGCAUGUUGAUGGGCACGCCGCCGUGGUAGCAGUACAGCCGCCCGUCGUCGUGCCGCCGCAGCCGCAGGUCGAGGAACCGCACGCCCAGCGCGAGCUGCUGCGUGACGCUCAGGUACUGCGUGCGCACGUAGGGGAUGUUGCUCCUCGCGCAGCUGUCGUGCGUGCCCGGGAUCGUCAGCGCGCUCAGCCACAGCGAGCCGUCCAGCGCCCCCAUCCACCCGCCCAGGUCGUACCCCAGCACCGGCCGGCUGAACCACCGCAGGUCGCCGCGCCACAGCCCCGAGAAGACGCAGUGCACCCGCCCGCUGACGACGGCCACCUGGGGGGCGAAGCGGCCCUUUGCUGACGCGCCGCCCACCCGCUCCGGCUCGCCCCACGACCUGCUGCCGUCCGCGUGCGCCGCCACGUACACCGCGCCGCCCUGCGAGGCGUCCAGGAAGCUCAGGUACGCGUGCCCGCCGUACGAGGCGCCGCUGACGCCGCGCGUCGCCCGGCCCUCCGACACGUCGUCGGUGGGGUCCCAUGCCCACCCGGACUCGCGGUAGCCGUACUUGUAGCCGAGGAUGUCGCCGCCGCCGCCGCUGUCGGGGGUGGCCGCGGCCUCGCAGAGCACGUGCAGGGCCCCGUUCAGCACGAACAUUGCCGGCUUGCCCUGGAACCUUGGGCUCGUGCAGAUGCUGCUGGGGGGUGACCAGGCGUUGGAGUCGGAGUCCCACUGGGUGUAGGACAGCGUCUGGUCCGGGCUGAUGAAUGCUAGGAAUAGCUUGUUGUGGAAGGCCGCGAUGGCUAUGCCCCUGCUGUCCUUUGCGGCGACGCAGCCUCCCGGUAGGGGGCCUUGGUGGAUGAAGCCGUCAUCGUCUGUGUCCUUGAUGUAGUGGGCCAUUGCACCUGUGUCCGCCGAGACGAUGAUGGCGUGUAGCACGCCGUUGAGGUUGGCUAUCAUGGGGACCCCAUUCUUGCCGCUGCCCUCGUGGUAAGGGAACUUUUCCGGGCGCCCGAAUGCCUCGCCAACGCCGUCGGGCACGGUUGAGCUGUACCAUAGCUGGUCGUCAAAGUCGGCCCAGACCGCCCACAGGCUGCCGCGGUGCGCGGCGAUGGACGGCGGGACCUUGGAGCGCAGGUGCUCGCUGGGGCGGUCCGGGUGGACGACGAAGCCCUGCUUGGUCGGGCCCUGAGGGAGCCAUGUUGAGGUCGUGGAGCUGCCUGGGUCGCUGUCCCUGUUGCGCUCAAUGUUGGGGUUGCUGGGGUCCUGCAGGUAUGGGUCAUGUGGCGGUCUCGCGUCGAGAUCUAAUGUGAUAUCCCAGGACGGGAGACCGCAUGCUGGUGAUGUGACGGACGACCUGGUCAUUUCGUGAGAUGGUUCUCGGAAAUGGUAUCAGGUCUUUGAGUGAGUGUCCUCUGGCACUGACACGGGUCUGUUUAUGGCUGAUGAGGGCGGUCGGAAAUCCUGGAGGUCAGGCGGAUCCGGAUGUGCUGGCCGGUUCUUGGUGUCCUGACCGCCUCCUGGCAGACAUCACCUCAAGGCACACAAUCCUUGACACAUUUGGUGAAUUGGCCUGCGCUGAGUUCGAGAGCCAUUGGCAUGUUCAAGAAUAUAACAUCAACUCUCAUGUCCAUGGAUGGUUGAAGACACGUGAACUAAGCUGGAACGCAUUCGGCCGAUCGGUGUCACCGAGGUGGGGCAUCAUCAAGUAGUGUCAGACGCUGUGGCCAGGAUGCCAAAAGUCGAGAGAACUUUGGAAUGGAAUGCUCUCCCGCCCUUGAGAUGUUGCGAGGUCACCUUUCCGUAUGAAAAUUCAAGAUGGGGUCCACGAUACCAACAUGUAUGCACGGAGCAAUUAAAAGUAUACUCGCACAGAUGUUCAGGCAUUGAUCAUUUGACGACCUCGGGAGUUAACAGCACGUCAAGUCCUAACCCUCGACUCCAACCGGGUCACGGCCGCAAAAGCCGUUCAAUGGCAUCACUCUCAUCCGAGCACACGAACCCAUCCAUAAUCUCUCAUGUCUUAAACGUCACUCACGGCCUCAUUCGAGUGCACACCUGUUGACUCAAGUCAUAUCUACACACAAUAACGCCGCCGUCACUUCUCACAAACACCUUGGAUGAGUCCCAGCCUGGCCUCACGAGCCGUACUGAAGACGGUCCCGCCUCUCAAAUCAUCUGCGUCCGCCACAUCCGUUCCCAGCAACGCCAACCGAAGGCUCAUCAACAUAUCCUCCCACCUCACCAAGAUGGCAGCCCAAACACCAACAGCCGCCGCCCCGUGGCGCGCCCAGCUCCUGGACCACAUCAGCAAGCUCGACUCGCCCACCUUCACCUUCGCCUCGCUGCACCCGGGCGCCAGCGGCUCCCCGUCACAGGCCGGGGCCGCCGAGCCCAGGGGCCGCACCUGCGUCUUCCGCGGCAUGUGGGCCUCCCUGCCGCCCAACGACAAGAACACCGCCCAGCGCAACCCGGACGCCUACGAGUCCGACUGCCUGACCCUGACCACCGACGCCCGCAUGGCCAAGGUCCCCGAGCUCUUCGGGUCGGGCGGGACGCCCGCGGCCUCCUCCUCCUCGGGCGGCGGCGGGCCCGUCGAGGCCAUGUUCUGGGUCGCCGCCGCGGGGACGCAGUGGCGCCUGCGCGGCCGCGCCUGGGUGCUCUCCCACGCUGACAUCGGCGGGGCCGGCGGCACGGCGAGCAGCCCCGGCGCGAAGGCGGCGCGGGAGGCCAUCUCGGCGCGGAUGCGGCCCACCGGCAGCGGCGGCGACGGCUGGAGCUGGGAGAGGGAGGUCGAGGCGCACUUUGGGAACCUGAGCCCCGGCAUGCGGGGCAGCUUCAAGAACCCGCCGCCGGGGGCGCCGAGGGCCCAGGAGCCCGGGCCCGGGGAGGGCCUGGGCCAGAAGGUCGGCGACGAGCUGCUCGGGGACGAGGUCGCGCGGAGGAACUUCCGCGUCGUCGUCAUCGUGCCGGAGGAGGUCGACACGUGGGACGGCAAGGACCCUGAUGACCAGCGGCGGUGGGUCUACACGUUUGUUGGCCCGGAGGCGAAGGCGACGCGGCCUGGUGGCGAGGUCAUCGCCGGGUGGGAGAAGGUCGAGGUCUGGCCGUGAUUGGUGUGCAGAGGUAGAAAUCGA